CUGGCGGUGAAAGAGGCGCCAGUCAAACGUGAGGCACAAGAGGCGCUGGGCAAAUCGGCCAAAGCAGUCGAUCCGACCGCUUCUGACGACAAGUUUCGCCAUCAUCUCGCCGUGAUUGUCGGUCUCCUCGGCUUCUGCGCCGCCUGUGGCAUCGCGUCUGCCAGCCUCGGACUAGUGCGCAAGUCAAAACGAGCCAACCAUGAAGAUCACGAACUGGUCGUCAGGCAGGCGGAGGCCUGGACGACGGGGAAAGAGGAGACGGCGACCGAACGAGGCGACCCAAAGAAGGCGGAGGGCACGCAAAAGGUCGACGAGUGUCAGGAAACGCCGGAGAUCCUAGACGUCGCUGGCCAGGAGGGCCUUGCCGGUCCGGAAGACUCGAGCCUCCUCCACACCUUCCAGACGCCCCUCGGCGUCGUGGUUCCCGACUCGGGCACUCGGUUGCUCUGCGCCGGUCUCGAGGCCCCUUUUCCUCGACACUGGCGCUGUCAGAACUGCAGUCCCGUCGCAUCGACAGCCUCGAUGGCGCCGGUUCCGCCGGUUCCGCAGGUUCCGUCCACUCGCACUGGCUCGAGUCCCGCCAAACUGGAGCCCGCCAAUUGGCCUGACGCCCUAAACUAUGUUGCCGACAGAGUACAUUCACCGGAGGACCAGACGACCGGAGAUGGUCGGGCUGUCAUACCAAUUGGCUGGUCGACUGACAGCGGCCUCUUUGUUGUUGGCCAGCAUCCACGGACUCGGCAGACGAGCCAGCCAGGGCAUCUACGACAGCCGCCGCAUCUCAACUACCGUGACCAGGCGAAGCAGCGUCUGCUGAAAGAGCCGGCGUCUUCACGGUUGGUUGAGACCAGCAACAGCCAGAAGAGGAGCAGCGAGAGUGAAGUGGAGCACUUGGCAACCCGUCGUCAAACGUCAGAAUCAGGCGAGCCCAAAGACGCAGAGGAAGAGGAGGAAGAAGAGGACGAAGACGAAGACGAAGGAAUGGAUGAGGAGGAGGAGGAUGACGACGACGACGACGACGACGACGAGGAGGAAGAAAAGCUCGAAGUAGGUGAAGAGGAGAUGGGCGAGGACUCUAAGACGCAUCAACUGGUCAUGGUACCAAGUCUGUCCGUAGGCCGCGGACAGGAGGGCGAAAGCCGAAGAGAGGCAGCGGCCGUGUGGCGCUUGAGUCGUUGUGUAGCAUCGGUCGACUCACGGAGAGAGAAGAACGACCUGCCUGACGGCCAGGUCUGGCAAAGCACCAUCUACACAGAUCAAGGGAUCUCACUGAGAAGCGGCGAGGGGUCAGCAGACGGCCUCUGGAACCCCUUCGACCGCAGGCCGGGUAAGAGACAAGAAUAA